GAAUUGGUCUUGCCGGAUGGAAGCUGCAGGGGCGGGACCAGACGGAGUCGGGACCGACGCAGAGGAAGAUCCGAGUGUUUGCCGUGGUGCCGCCCCACCCCUGGUCCCCGGGAACCUGGAGGGGCCCGGCUGUGCUGCUGCGAGGGCCCUGGGAGGGUUGAAAGCUAAGCAUGGGGAAGAGCUGCAAGGUGGUCGUGUGUGGCCAGGCUUCUGUGGGCAAGACUUCAAUCCUGGAGCAGCUUCUGUACGGAAACCAUGUAGUGGGUUCUGAGAUGAUCGAGACACAGGAGGACAUCUACGUGGGCUCCAUUGAGACUGACAGGGGGGUCCGGGAGCAGGUGCGUUUCUACGACACCCGGGGGCUCCGAGACGGGGCCGAGUUGCCCCGGCACUGCUUCUCCUGCACUGACGGCUAUGUCCUCGUCUACAGCACGGACAGCCGGGAGUCCUUUCAGCGCGUGGAGCUGCUCAAGAAGGAGAUUGACAAAUCCAAGGACAAGAAGGAGGUCACCAUUGUGGUCCUCGGCAACAAGUGUGACCUGCAGGAGCAGCGGCGUGUAGACCCGGACGUGGCUCAGCACUGGGCCAAGUCGGAGAAGGUGAAGCUGUGGGAGGUGUCAGUGGCUGACCGCCGCUCCCUGCUGGAGCCCUUCGUCUACCUGGCCAGCAAGAUGACCCAGCCCCAGAGCAAGUCUGCCUUCCCCCUCAGCCGCAAGAACAAGGGCAGCGGCUCCUUGGAUGGCUGAAGAGGUGCCUUCCCAGCCCUGGAAGAUGGGUUGGGGGGAAAGGGGGGUUUAGGUGAGCUUUCCUUCCCAGUCAAGGUAGGGAGCUCACCACUAGGCCAGGCAGCUGGGCUGUCCCAGGCUCAGGUCGCUUUUGUUCCCUCCCAGCUCUGGGAAUUGCUGAUAGUCUAGGUUAGCACCCCCAACCCCCCCAGGCCCCCAUCAUAUCUGCCCUGCUGUGCCUGGGGUAGUUGUGGGUCACUGUCCCUUUCACCUGCCAGGAGAGGAAGCAGAGCUAUGCAGAAGUGCCGCAUCUAGGGUACUUAGGGUCCCUAUCACAGGGACCUCCCACUUGCUGGUUUCCUGCCAGUAUCUAUUCUCUCUCUCUCUCUCAUGCACACACACCCCCUGUUCAGGAAGCCUCUACACACACACACACACACACACACACAC